ACUGGAAAUGUAUGAUAACCUUGUCGAUGUUUGAGGAGGCUCCAAUUCACCGUUGAUUGCCUCGCGUGUUCCAUUAUCUCUCUCGGUAUAUAAUAUCCAUGUAACAUCCGUUCUACCGAUCUUUUGAGUCCUGUUUAUCAACCCCGUUUUGCGGAAUCGCAUCGCAUACUUCCAGUGAUUUGGCAAUCAUACUGGAUGGAACAAGCCCAUUGUCGUGCAUUUAUAUCCCAGAUACCCCAUGUUGAUUGGGCUGAGAAGAGGAGCAAAAGAUGUUUUCGUCGGCUCUCAAAUCCCUGAGCUCUAAUAUAUCAUCAAACUACCACGUUUCUCCACACCCCACCGUGGUCUCUGGCCCUUGGAAAAUUCACGACGGAAAAAAGAAGUCCACUGGCACCACAGCAUCCAUCUUUAUAUUCGACAAGAAAUUCCUUGAACCAAGAUCAAGUGGGCUCGGAAGUCGUUCCAGCUCUUCCACCAAGAAGUUGCAAGAAGAUGUCGUCGAACGCCUAAAACGGGAGGCUAGCAAUCUUGCGCGGCUCCGACAUCCCUCUGUCCUUCAAGUGCUAGAGCCCGUGGAAGAUACACGAAAUGGAGGUCUUAUGUUUGCUACGGAACAGGUCACUGCAUCUCUUGCUGGACUACUGCAGGCAAAGGAUGCGCAGGACAACACUUCGAGGAUUGGCUCGAGAUCCAGCCGUUACAUGGUAGAAGAGCCCGACGGCACGCGACGGCGGAGAGACCUCGAAAUCGAUGAGCUGGAAAUCCAGAAAGGUCUAUUACAAGUGGCCAAAGGUCUCGAAUUCCUUCAUGAGUCUGCGGGGCUCGUUCAUGGCAAUCUGAACCCCGAAGCCAUCUAUAUCAAUGCCAAAUCCGACUGGAAAAUUUCUGGGCUUGGAUUUGCUGGCCCCUCUGGUUCUGCAGAAUCACGCUCGACUCUUCCACCCCUGGCCCUGUCAGAGGUGCUUUACCAGGACCCACGCCUACCACAAUCUGUCCAGUUAAACCUGGAUUAUACUUCGCCCGAUUUCGUACUCGAUUCCAACGUGACACCUGCUGCGGAUCUGUUUUCACUUGGGCUCAUAAUAGUAGCUCUUUAUAACUCGCCUCAUGUUUCCCCUCUGCAGACGCAUUCGAACGUGAAUACAUACAAGAAGCUCUUGGGCUCUCCAUCCAGUACACCUUCGCAGGGCAACAACUUUUUAUCAUCCGGCCCGAUUCCAAAGGAUGUUGUUUCUCACGUUUUACCCAGACUGAUAACUAGAAGGCCUGCUCAGCGUCUAAAUGCUCGUGAAUUCCAACAAUCCCAGUAUUUUGAUAACAUAUUGGUCUCGACGAUCCGCUUUCUGGAAUCUUUGCCCGCAAAGAACGCCAACGAGAAGUCGCAGUUCAUGCGUGGGCUUCAACGAGUUCUGCCGGAGUUCCCAGUCUCUGUGUUGGAAAGAAAGGUUUUGGGUGCCUUGUUGGAAGAGACGAAGGACCGUGAGCUCUUACCACUUAUCUUGACCAAUGUCUUUGCAAUACUGCAGCGCAUCCCGAACGCACGCCGCACGUUUCCGGAAAGAGUGAUACCUCAACUCAAGGAGGCUUUUCCAACAAGCAAAGGUGCUCUCCAAGAGCGUGACUCUAAAAAAGAUGCGGGUCUCAUGGUCGUCCUCGAAAACAUGAAUGUCGUCUCAGAUAACUGUUCUGGAAAUGAGUUCAAAGAAGAAAUCCUGCCACUUAUCCGACUCGGACUUGAUUCACCAACGCACUCCUUAGUAGAUGGGGCCAUCAAAUGCUUACCAGUUAUCCUCCCGGUUCUUGAUUUCAGCACUGUGAAAAACGAAGUCUUUCCACCAAUUGCCUCGACUUUCAGUCGAACAAAUAGUCUUGCCAUCAAAGUGCGAUGCUUAGAAGCGUUCGCUAUUCUUUGUGGUGGCUCUAUGGAGGGUAAAGAAGCAAUUGAAGAUGAUUUAUCAGGUGUGAGCCAAAAAAGUAAACCACAGUCUAUCAAAUCAUCCAUUCUGGACAAGUAUACGAUACAAGAGAAACUUGUCCCUUCAAUGAAAGUCAUCAAAACAAAGGAACCAGCCGUCAUGAUGGCUGCUUUGAACGUCUUUCGCCAAAUUGGGAUGGUUGCAGACACCGAUUUUCUUGCUCUGGAAGUCUUACCGAUUCUGUGGAGCUUUAGCCUCGGGCCCCUCCUUGACCUCCGUCAAUUUGGGGAAUUCAUGACUUUAAUCAAAAGCGUUUCGUCCAAGAUCGAGCGAGAACAGACGAAGAAGCUUCAAGAGCUUUCUUUGGGAGGAGACUCUGGUGGAUUCCAGAACGGCACAGGGAGUUCUUCGACGGCCUCAACUUCAGUGGGUCAACCUAACGUGGACAACACGAGGGGUAAUUUUGAACGCCUUGUUCUGGGACGAGGUGCAGCAACCUCGAAUGACCAGAAUAUUGACCAAUGGGGUAGCCUCACCUCAGGCCCUCCGGUGUCACAGUCUACUACCCAAAUGACACCAUCUACGGGUUUUUCUUGGGCGUCUGCUUCCGCGAGUCCCGCUGUGAAAGGAACCAGCAUGCUUCCAUCACAAACCAAUCUCAGUAUGCGCUCAGUCACUCCUGACUACAACAUGAGCACGUUCCCGUCCUUAGAGCCAGCCACUAGGGCAAAGUCUCCUCCAACGCCAGCAUUCCCUACCUUACAGCCUUCACCUUCUUCAUCCUGGAGUAUUCCAAGUCCUCCGACUAAUCAGCAAUCGACCCAAAGAUCAAACGUUUCUGGUCUUUCCCUAGGAGCGCUGGCGAGCAUGAAGGCACACGCUCCUAUGCCCAGUCAAGGCACUCAGCCUGUCCCUAGUUAUUCUGCGUUCUCCAUUCCCCCGCCCCCGUCGGGCUACAGCACCAUGGGGGCGUUUGGAGGCCCUAGCGGACUAGCUAAUACGGGAGGUCCAGCAUUUGGCACAAGCGUCUCCUCGAAUGCGUUCUUAAACAACAGUGCACCUCAAGGAACACAGAAACAAGGACUCGACAAGUACGAGAGCUUGCUCUGA